AGAUGCUGCUUGUUGGGAGCUCGUUGGAUUUCCGCAACUGGAUACGGUGCGGCUCCCACGCCGGAUAGUCGGCAUCACCGUUGUCUAUCUCCCCGGUCUCUGGAAGGAGCUAAGAGGAGCCCAUGAUUCCAAAACCACCUUUAAUCUGACCUUGCAGCGCCGGAGUGUUGCCCCGAAGGACCGAAAAGAGGAGGCGACUCUCCACACUGGCUUAAAUCAUCUAAGCUUCAAAUGCUGCGAGCCCGCGGCGCGAAGCUAGCACGUGGGGAGCAGAAUAUUAGGAGAGCUGCUCGCCCACUAUCCGAUGACCCAGGUCUGACGAUGGGAUCAUUCCCGGUCGUUGUGGACUUUGGGACGAACAGGGCUGACGGGAACCUACGCCCCAAGCCGGUGUCAGCCGCCCUACCAGCGGAAUACCGAGACAUGAUCACAGAUUACCUUCCAAGACUUCCAGACCGUCUGACCGAGUCGAUUUCACCACUUCUGACGCGUGGCGGCAAUGAAGAAACUGCCUCUUCAGGUAGGAUUUCCAAUCUCAAUGGCAUCUUGGCUUCAUCUUGGCAUAGGCUUGAUUUGCCGAUCGAUCCGAUCAUGGAACUCUUGGGAUCCAGAAAGCCCCAGAAAAUCACGGUAUUUUACCCACCAGUCGCUGCGGCUGACCCAGUACUUCCCUGUGUGCCUGUGUCAAUUUGUUUGAAAGGGGAAGUUCCCACAGAAAAGAAAUGCCAAGAACGGAGGUGAGGUAAGGAUUCUGCAGGAAUGUGAUAAGGCGUUGUGCAUCUUCCAACCUGCUCCAACAUGGCAUGUUGAUUCUCAGCCAACGACACUGGUCAUAGCAGAAAUAAUUCCCGUUGAAAGUAUUUCUGCCUUUCAUGACAUGUGGCUGUCCGGCGGUCGUCUCGUUAAGAAUU